CCUUCCUUUCCUGACACAUGCACCAUUCAGUAUUCUGCCUGCGGACUCGGGGGACCGCGUAUACCCUGGAGCACUGCAUGCCCCCCACCCUGCCAUCAGGUUUUUGCACUGACGUGAACAUUUCCUAUCGCUGACUGUAGAGGAGCUGGAUCCUUAGCUCGUAUUAAUAGCACAAGAAUCUAUAGAAUCCUAUGCGUGACUGUGAAUCGGAGAGACUGCAGCGAGGAUGGCUGGAGCAUCACACUACAUAAUCCAUGACGAGAAUUCGUCUGACUCUGAUGUCUGCUGGUUGGGUCCUGAAGACUUGGGUCAUCUGUCUGAUUAUAAAAGAGAAGAUGUGUGGGAUGUCUAUUCUCAUGAGAGGUCUUUCAAAAGAACAUUCAGUUCAGAUGAAGAUGUAAGCUGCAUAGAUCUGUACGAAGACGUUACAUCCAUCAACCACCAAUCAAAUUUACAAACCAAAUCCAACCUCAGACAUAUGGUUAGCAAACGUGGGAGAAGAGCUUACAAGCCUCGUGAACGAAUACAAAGUUCUGAUAGGUCUUCCCCUGAAAAGUCAAUUGCGAGAGAAAGAAGCACCAUUGAUUCUGCUGGGAACAUUACAUUAAUGACAGAGACCAUCUACAAAUGCAAUAACUGUGAUAAAACGUUCUUCACCCGAUCAGGGUAUCGGAAACAUCAGAGGAACCACUCAGAGGACAGUAGUCUUACCUGUAGUGAGUGUGGGGAGAUUUUCAAAGACUUGACAACAUACAGUCUCCAUAAAGAAGCUCAUGAGGAAAGAAAACCAUGGUCUUGUACAGUAUGUCACAAAUGUUUUCGGCUUCAGUCCCACCUGAACAAACAUGAAAGAACCCACACGGAAGAAAGACCCUACACGUGUAACAUAUGUGGAAAUUGCUUUGGUCAAAGUUCCAACCUUACUACUCAUAUGAAGACCCACCUGGGAGAAAAGUCAUAUGCAUGCAGUGAGUGUGGGAAGUCUUUCGCUCGUAACUUUGAGCUGGAGGCCCACAGGACAGUGCACUCUCAAGAGGUCUUAGUUUUCUCAGAAUAUAAGAAAGAUUUCCAAAGAAGCUUCCACCAGAGGGAAGUAGAGAGAUAUACCUGUUCCGAGUGCAACAAGUGUUUCAGCAGCAAUUCUGAUCUGAUUUUGCACCAGAGAGAUCAUACUGGAGAUAAACCUUACGCCUGUGUUAUAUGUGGGGAAAAGUUCUGCAGUGCGCCGAGUUGUUUGAGACGCAAGAAAACGCAGUCUGGGGGCAAGACUUUUCUAUGCGGUGGCUGCGGGAGAAACUUUAGCAACAGGGACAGUUACACUAGUCACUCAUGUAUUCUCAUAAAUUAAUGUCUUCUGUUGGUGACCAACUUUAUUCAAAAUGUCUCCACUUAUUGACCUUGUUGAGGGUAACAUAAUUUUGCACUGAUAUACAGUAGAAUUACAAAUUGAAUCAUAAAAAUCUCUCAACUCGGUGCAAAUCUCAACCCUAACGUGUCCAUACACAUAAAACUAAAGUCGAAAAUGCAGAAUAACAACCCUAACGAAUGUAUGUCAGGUGUAUGUCUCUAGUAGUAGACUCUCUUUGGGUCACAUGAACGAUCACUUCAUGAAAGAUUACUUGUCCUUCAAAAACAAGCAUCUGGUCUCCUGAACAACUGUUCACAAGAUGUAUGUUCAUUCAAUGGUUGUUCAACUAACUUCUAUCCAAUGUGUAUGGCAACCUUUAAUCCUCAAGCCUCUUUCCAAAGAGAGGUACAUCGCAGUAUGGAGAGAGGAGGAUGAAUUUUACGCAACUUGAAACUUCAUACAAAUCCAAGCUCCUCCAAUUUUUUGAAGUUUUUGAAAUAAUGAGAUGGUUUUAGCAUGCAUAAUGUUUACCAUUUGUUAUUUUUAGGUUCUGUGACACAUGAUAACACAAUCAAGGCUUCUUGGCAGAUGGAGUUAUCCAACAAGCUGGUCAGUUAGCCUUAUAAUAGACAAUGUUAUGAUAGGGACAACUUAUAUGACAUUGAGUUCAGUGUUGUAUCAUCAACAUUGAUAAACUUCUUGUGGUAUUGUAGGACUAAAGUUCACAGCCAGAUAGGGUUCUAGAACAUUAGUAGUUUAGAACUUAGAGUACUAGACCAACAGCACAACCAUCCUAACCAAAAUAAGGUCAACCACCACCACUGUAGGAACCAAAAUAAGGACUUUUUAUGUGGUAAACAUUUUUUCUACCCUUUACUGCACAUGAGCACUGAUGGCACAUAUGGCUAUGCUUUGUUACACAAGAUCCAAGUCAAUCCUCAACUCUGGACCAAGGUACCUUCUGUGGUUUCUAUGUUCAGUAGAGAAUGUACUUGCUGUAUGUUCACAAUCAACAAUAAAGAGCUGUGUAUG